AUGUCGGAAGGAUCAGUUAAAACCACUCCGAAAGAUGAUUUGGGCCGUCACGAAAACGUUUGUGAAACAAUGCUUUCCGACUACCAGGAUGUGUCUUGGAACUAUGCUUACGACCCGGAAACAGAUAUUCAAUUAUCCGAGUAUCGUGGUAAAGGUGAGCCAAAAAAACCACUCCAAAACCGGCCAAAAAUCAAGAUUAUGUUGACAGUUUUCUUCGAUUAUCGAGGUAUCGUGUACUCCGAAUACCUGCCGACUGACAAAACCGUCAACAAGGAACACUAUUUGAGUGUUAUGUGUCAUUUGCGCAAAGCGAUUCGUAAAAAGGUGCCGAAAUUAUGGGCUGAAAGCUAUUGGUUUCUGCACCGUCGCAUACUGCAUUGA